GGAAUCUCGAGAAAUGACCAUGGCCGCACUUGUUUUACAUCCGAACACGGUUAGCGGAGCGUCCCAGCCUUUCCCUCAUCACUCGUUUUCGACGGAGCCUUCACAGCCGGGCAACCCAGCGGCAUGCGCAGGGCAGGCAAUAGUAGAGCCCAGUAGGACGCGCCUUCGCGCCAUUCUGCCGCGGCCAGGAGCGGCGUGCCACGGCGAGAAGCGGGCGGCGCCCGACGAUGCGCCCGCAGGACUGGAGCCGCCGCGGAAGUACCUCGCCACGUCCCCGCCUCAGACCCCGCCUCCCUCGGUGGCAACCGGCUCAGCGCUCACCCCGGGCGCCCCUUGUGUCGGGUCCACUGCUCCCAUCCCCGUCCAGCCAGCAGUGUCGGCAACUCGUGCGAUAGGCCCAAACCAACGAUCCGUUAUGGCCAAACCCUCCGUUUUAGGCUCGUUGUUUGCGGCGCCAUCGGUCCCCCGCCCACUUCAUUCACCCCCUCCCGCUCCUGGCGCUACUCCGUCGUCGUUCUCCGCCACUCCGCCGCCGCCUCUUCUGGCUCCGCGGGCGAGCUACGACCCGUUGGCGUUCGCCCGCGGCAUGCAGGCUUUGCAUGGCACGGCGCUGGGCCGCCUCAUGCACACGGCGCCCGACAUCGUUGUCGACGGCAUUCCCCGCCGCCUGCUCGUGCCCACGCCCGGCAGCACCGCCGCGAAGCUGGGGCUGCUCGCGCCCAGCGUGGCGCCCGUGCUGCUUCCGCCCGCCGCUCCCGCGCCUAGCCUUGCAGCAGCAGCGGGACACGCGCUGCCGUGCGCGCCCACCAGUAGCAGCGGCAGCCAUUCGUGGCGCUAUCAGCUCUCCACGGAGGCAACGGCGCAAGCCGAGAAUUAUGCGAGCUGGUCAUCCGCUGGCCCCAGCCCUCCGUCGCAGCUCGCCGCGACAGGGGCGGCCCCUGCCUCAGCCUUAUCGCCCACCGCGAGCAGCGGCCCCGUUGCUUGGGCGCCACCCUCGUCGUGGAUGGUCGCAGCGCCGCAGACUCCCUCGGGCUAUACCAGCGGCGCGGCAGCCAUCACACACUCUCCCGCCACCGUCGAUCACUCGUUUACGCAGCAAGCAGUGCCUUCAGCUCAGGUGUUCCCGCAAACGCACGGCUCUGCCGAGUGGCCCCGAAGCAUGCCAGCGGCGAGCCAGCCCGCGAUGUGCGUGUCGCUUAGCGCGUGCAGCGACGACGCCACGACGGCUAGCCCACCCGUGUCGCACAGCCUUCCUCCGCUUCUCCCGUUAUCCACCGCCGGCAAUUCACAGACCGCCAGGGAGCCGUGGCCGCUUGAGCGGAACCAGUCGGUGACGAGCAGGCCCGCCAUCCAGCUUAUCCCCUGCGACACCACGAAUGCCGCCACCGCGCCUCUCGCCGACUCCCACUGCCUUCCGCCUUCCACCGCUCCGGCGUCCUUCCCGAAUCAAGCUGCGGGUGCUCCCCCUUCUCGUGAAACAACGGCAGGCGUGAAGUUCGGCGAUGCUAACACCCCACCAUCGCCCCUCCACACCUUCCUCACUUUAGCGCCUCCGAGUAAACGAUCUCCCCUCACUGCCUCGACGAAUCCGUCCCCCGCUGAGGCUGCAUCGACGCCCUUAGCUAAUGAGCAGCAGGGGGGGGGCAGAGACAUGAAAUUGCUCUCACUGUCGCUGGGUGAAAGGGCAACGGUGGAUGUGCUGCCACAUGCAAGUAGCAAGGGCGAAGAAAUCUUGGUUGAGGACGAGGACUCGCUUGCCGUGGAGUCUCUGCUACUAAUCCGUGCUCUGUAAAUUGGUACACUGCUGCAUAAAGAGCAUAUACAAAGUUGAAAGAAUGGAUCAAUACCCAUUUUUAAAAAAUUGGAAGCACAAGAUUGGAUUAGUAGCCAAACACCAUAUUUUGUAUUGGGCUGAGAAAAGCCCUUAGGAUCUUUUGCAGAGACUAAGUCCCAGUUGUAGAGACUUUGAGACUUUGAGUAGUGCAGCGGAGGUUGAGGCAGUUGAACCCUUGUACUAGUAUGUGAUUGAUUAAAGAAACAAGCAUACA